CUUCGCAAUGCAUUAUGGACAGCGACUGCUAGCUGCGUGCCCUUGCAGCACUUGAGUUGUGUUUUGAAUGAUGUCUGUGCUAAGAACGAUAUUGAUUUAGUACAAUUUUACAAUAUUUUAACAUCAACAUCUUUGGUUUGAGGUCCAAAGGGAAUAUGUCCGUCUUUGAGGCCCUGGUCAGAGUUGGACUCACCGUCUGCCACAGAUCAGUAGCCCUACAGCAGUGCAGCAGACAAUUUUCCACAAGUAUGUGCGCUAGAAUACGGAUGCAUUCCAUCCCUGAGCCAAAGGUGGUCGACAGAUGGACAGAAAAAAGAAGCAUGUUUGGAGUUUAUGACAACAUAGGGAUUUUGGGAGAUUUCAAAGUGCAUCCCAAAGACAUUGUAAAGGCACCUGUCUGGCUUAAAGGUUUCAGUGGUAAUGAACUGGAACGCUUGAUCCGAAAGAAAAAGAUGGUUGGAGACAGGAUGAUGACAGAUGAUCGGCACGAUCUGGAAAAACGCAUCCGUUACCUGUACCGUCGUUUCAACCGCUACGGGAAGCAUCGUUAAUUAUAUUUAUGGACAGUGUAUGAAUUGGACUGAUGUUUUUUUUUCCUCUGCAAGUUUUGUUUUCUUUUCCUAUUUUUCUUUCCUGCAGUGUUUUUUUUUUUUUAUGUGCAACUGCAAUGCGAUUUGGUAUUCUUCCAGUUUCAACAGAAUGUUUUGGCAACAUUUUCAUUUGAAAUUCUGACUUGUCCUUAAUCUUGUAAAUAAAUAUGAUAUUCCAAAAGG